AUUAUAUAUUUUUAUUAUAUAGUAUGAAUUAUAUGAAGUUCAAGCGAGAUCUGCUCCCGAACCUUUCCAUUGAGAGAAGUGAAUUUACACUAGAUCCAAUUCAGAAAACUUAGCUUUAUUCUUAAUUCAUUCAAAGCCUUACUUUCUUGAAUUCUACCCUUUUUUUUACUUACUAAAACUGCCUAGGGUUUCUGGAUAGCUUACCUAAACCAAGAAUUGGAAAUAUAUUUUAGUUAAGUAUAUUUAGAGAUUAGAUCUCUUUUAUUUCUUUAUUGUAGCCGUAAUUUCCCUAAAUUAUGUGUUAGAUCUGUGAAUUUCCAGCCAAACUGAGUAUUUGACUGACCAUUUUGAGAUCUCUCUCAUCUCUGAAACCCUAAAAUCAGCCAUUUCAGCCGCCUGCGCAUGUAUUUUGUCUCCCUUUCAACUCGAAAAUUAGAAGCGGUGGAAGAAUAUGGCGUCGUCAUCAAAUUCUCCGUGUGCAGCCUGCAAAUUUCUGAGACGAAAAUGUCAACCGGAGUGUGUGUUUGCACCGUAUUUUCCACCGGAUCAGCCGCAGAAAUUCGCCAACGUACACAAAGUGUUCGGAGCAAGUAAUGUGACCAAGUUGCUAAACGAGUUGCACCCGUCCCAGCGAGAGGACGCCGUGAAUUCCUUAGCAUAUGAGGCGGACAUGCGGCUGAGAGACCCGGUGUACGGCUGCGUCGGAGUAAUAUCUCUCCUCCAACACCAGCUCCGGCAGCUUCAGAUGGAUCUCACCUGUGCAAAAUCUGAGCUAUCAAAAUAUCAGAACCUAGGAAUCACUGGCCAUGCUGGUCUCUUUGCAGCAGCGGCCGCCGCAGCCACAGCCACCCACCACCAUCCCCAGAAUCUCGGGAUCAAUCUCAUCGGAGGCGGCGGCGGUGGAAGGGACCACCACUUCCACCACCAAUUCUUUCCUCAUCAGCAAGCGCAGAUGAUGAGAAGCUUUGAUGCAGCUGCCAACACAUAUGAUCUUGCUAUGAAUGUCUCUGCAAGUAUAGGUCAACUGAGUCAGUUCCAGCAACCGAGAGCCGCCGCCGCCGAUGACCGUCGCACCACCAUUGACCCCUCUUAAUUUACUAGUAAUAUUUAAUUGUCAUGUAAGUUUGGUUUUUUCAUCUCCUGCUCUUACCAAUUUUCUUGUUAUCAUUAUAUACUCAUAUAGUAGUAUAAGCAUGGCUUAUACUUGAUUUGGACUAUCAUCAUAAUUUAGCAUAAAAACAUAUUAAUUUCUCAAAUUGAAUCUAAAAA